UAUGGCCGUGUGGAACGUGACGCCCCCCUGGUAGCUGGUCAUCGAGCCGCCGUGCUGGACAUUGAGUGGUGUCCGCACAACGAUGACCUCAUCGCCAGCGGUUCCGAAGACUGCACAGCCAAAGUCUGGCAGAUUCCCGAGGGUGGCCUCGAGCCAAAAGUCAAUCUAACAACGCCUGUAGCCGACCUGGUUGCCCACCAACGUCGAGUGGGCCUUGUAAAGUGGCACCCGACUGCCGAUAGCCCCUCCCGACCAAGCUGUCCCGACUCCUCCUCCUCCUCCUCCUCCUCCUCGCCGCCGGGAUUGAGACCCACCCGGCGGGGCUCUGGAUCCAACAAGGGCUACUAG